AUGGCCCCCUCGUCCUCCUCCUUCUUGUCCCACCUCCAGCCCCCUAGCUCCAACCCCCCUGAGAAGGAGGAGGAUGAAGAGGCUCUGGGGUUGGCACAGAGGGACGAGCUGAGCAGGACGUAUGUAGAGGAGGCUCAACAAAACCAGACUACCAGGAGGGAGAGCAGCUGUGGAACCCUUCCUUCCAGCCCCGACACCCAGCAGGAGCCCCACUCUUCUCAGACUAGGAGUCAAACUCCCAGUACCAGGAUCACUACCUGGGAGGCAGGCUGGAACGUGACCAAUGCAAUCCAGGGUAUCUUCGUGCUGGGCCUGCCCUAUGCCUUGCUCCAAAGUGGCUACCUAGGGUUGGUGCUGCUCCCCUUGGCUGCAGUGGUGUGUAACUACACCGGCCAGAUCCUGGUGGCCUGUCUGUAUGAGGAGGACGAGAGCGGCCUCCCGGUCCGUGUGCGAGACUCCUAUGAGGACGUGGCCAAUGCCAGCUGCCGGAGCCUGUGCCCGCUGUACCCUCGCCUGGGUGGCUGGCUGGUGAACCUGGCACAGCUGCUGGAGCUGGUCAUGACCUGCACGCUCUACCUGGUGGUGAGCACCAACCUCCUGGCCCACAGUCUGUCCUCCCUACCCCCGGCCCUGGCCCUGGCCCCAGGCACCUCCGCAGCCCUCUGCCCCCUGGUGCCUCUCCUGGUGCUGCUGCCCUGCCUGCUGCUGGCUGACCUGAGAGUGGUGUCCAGGCUCAGCAUGCUCUGCUCCUUGGCCCAGCUCCUCACCACUCUGCUGGUCAUGCUCUACUGCCUGGGUGGAGCCGGGGGCUGGGCCUGGGACACUCUUCCUGUUUUGGUGCCCUAUGAUAGGAUGCUGGUGUCGGUGGGCGUGAUUAUCUUCAGCUACACCUCCCAGAUAUUUCUGCCAACGCUGGAAGGAAACAUGGAGAACAGACAGGAGUUCUGCUCCAUGCUGGGCUGGACCCAUGGCCUGGCCUGUCUACUGAAGACCCUGUUCUCCCUGCUGGCCUUUCUUACCUGGGGGGCCAACACCCGCGAGGUCAUUACCGACAACCUGCCGUCCCCCAUGAGGACGAUGGUCAACCUCUGUCUGCUCACCAAGGCUCUGCUCUCUUAUCCCCUCCCCUUCUAUGCUGCCACCGAGCUCCUACUGGCCAGUAUAAGAGGGGGUGGGGUUAUGAGUAAAGAAGGGGAGGGGCCUCCAGGUGAGAGAGGCUUGGAGGCGGGCUCUGUGGCCCUGAGGGGUGGGCUCUUGCUGCUCACCUUCCUAUUGGCUCAGCUUGUACCCCACUUCUCCCUGCUGAUGGGGUUGACAGGGAGUGUGACGGGCGCAGCCAUGAGCCUCAUCCUGCCCUGCGUGUUCCACCUGCGACUGCGCUGGGCGGGGCUGAGCGGGUGGAGCCGAAUGCUGGACCUCAUCAUCCUGACUCUUGGCACCGUCUGCAGCCUAUCUGGCUUGCUCUGCUCUCUACAUGGCCUGCUGCAGGCAGUCAGAGAUGGAUAG